GAGAUAUAGAAGAGGUAAAGACAGUUAUGAGGAGCGGGAAUCCGGGAGAGAGAGAACCACUGAGAGCAAAAGAGACGCGGAGGAACAGAGAGAUCGAGAGAGAGCUGCUGAAAGAAGUCAAAGGGAGCAAAAGAGGGGUGACAGACAAGAGAGAGAUAGAGGAAAAAUGACAGGCAGCGUGCCAGGGCAGAGAAGGAUGUGGUUAGAGCCGCAGAGGGGUAAGAAUAGUAAGGAAGAAUUUCUAGACAGAGACAAACAUACAAGACGGAAAGAGAGGAGGAGAGAAGAAGAGAGGAGUAUGGAGUCACAGGCUGAAUGGGGAAGAGAAGGGCAGCCAGUAAAAGAGGAACCAAACGAGAGGUACUUGGACCAAAGCGGUUACAGACAAAGACAUGCCGGGAGAAAUGAGUACAGGGGAAACAUGGAGAGGGAGACAGAGGGCGUAAGUGUACAUGCAGAUGAGGUCUGGAGAGAGACAGAUAAGAGAGGGAAGACACAUCUGUCUGACAGCAGCGGUGGCAUAGAGGGAAGCCAGCAGAGAGAUGCAGAGGGAGAGAACAUGACAGAUAAUACAGAGGAGAGUGACAGAGAGGAAGAGGGUGGGAUCAAUUAUUUGGCCGGCUCUGAGAAAGAAGGAGGAAGUACGUCGGGGUGGAAGCAAGAGAGAGACAGUAUGCUGUCGGUAGAGGACGGCUUUGUGACCGUGUCCAGUGGCGGAGACGAGGAGGAAGAGAGAGACGAAGAGGGAGAUGAGGAGUUUGAGGACUGUCAGGAGUUCUUGGAAGGUGGAGUUGCAUAUGACGAGUCCUCACAUGUUGGCUUCAAGGGGUGUGAGGGAGAUGAGGAGAGGGAAAGGACAGGGGGCAAGGAGGAGGCGGUCGAUGAGGAGGAACGAGAGAAGGAAAAGCAGACACAAUACAUCUUCUAUGUGACUGGACAAACUUUGCCCCAGUCAAAACUGGACGAUGUGUCACCAUCACAAGUUGAACCGAUGCGAGGUGUGGAAAGAGAUAAUGCAAAUUUAAAAAGUUCUCAUCACUGUAGCGAUGACAUCACACAGCAACCUCUGGAUGACCAGCAUCUGACACUGAGUAGAAAUGAUGAAUACCUGAUCAUCAACAACCAGAACACAAAAGGCCAAAGUGAGCGUGACACACCAAGGGAGGAGAGGGUCACUGUAGGAGAAACAGCUGAAGCAGAUGUCAGUCACGGAGCGUCUUCAGAGCUUCAAGACACAGACACUGGAGAGGGAAUGAAGAGCAAAGCGGAGCACCCAUAUGAUGAAAUAGGAUCGAUUAAAAGAGACUCACAGACUGAAAGACUCCUCGUAGAGUGGAGAGAGAAAAAUAAAGAACUGGCUGAAAGAAGAAGGGAGCAACCUCCUCUGGGCCUGAGGAAUCCCUAUGCUGAUGUUUGUUCUCAGGCUGAUUUUGAACAAAUUCAACCCAUCUUGGAUGGGAUAAACACUGGAGCAAUGAGUCCAGAAGAGGUGGAAGCCAUUCGAAUCCGACUGAGUGGGGCAUGGAGCAUGUCCGAGGAGACCAAGCGGCAUUCCCAAGCCCCCCACCUAAAAUGGGCCAAAAAUGUGGUCCGCGAGAUCCUGGGACACUCGGAGGAACAGACUGUUGAUGAACCAAACUCGGAGGAACAAGGAGGCCACGUGGUCAACCAGUCCGAGAUGACGAUCCAGGACGACAAACAGCAGGAGGAGGUUUCACAGGGGACCGGAGAGAUUGCUGGCGUUAAGUUGACAAGGAACGAACGGCACUCCGAGCCAGAGCUGGAGGACGAAGAGCCGCUGGUGGUGGAGGGACUGAGAGGUAUGGGGCAGAGCCAAGCUGACAUGCAUGCUGACCAAUUCACAGCUAUGCAUGGUGACACACCCACACACACUCACGCUGACACACUGUUAGACACAGAAGGGAAGGAGGAUCACAAUACGGACAAAGAGACUGAGCCUCCUGGUCACCUUCACUUAGAAAAGCUGGAUACAGAGGUUGAAGUUACUCAAGAGGGAGGCGAUAUGGUCACGUUAUCAGAAAUAGAGAAAGAAGUGAGCGGAGAAAAAGAAGUGGAGAUGUAUUUAUCUGUGAGCAACACGCUGUACAAGCCUAACAGCUGCCCCAUUCUUAAUUAUGAAUCUGAUGCUGACCUCCUCACGCCCUCCAGAGAGGGUAAGAGCCAGGAGGAGGAAGACAGAAUGGGUGAGAGUGAAGAGGAAAGGCAGGGAGAGGAGCCUGAGGAGAGGGGUGCCGCAGUGGAGGAGGGAAACACAAGAGUGGGAGAAGAAAUAGAAGUGGAAAGCAGAGAGGGAGAGGAGGUGGCAGAGAGGCAAAUAGAAGGAGGGACUCUGACGAGCACCUGCAGUUUCCGAGAUUUGGGUCCUGAGGCUCGAAUGCGAAGGAGGGGAAUCCGUAAAACCACUGAAAGAAGAAGAAAUGGAGAGCUUGUAGAAGCGGAAGAAGAGGAAGGUGUUGGAAGGGAUCGCAGAACCAGAAUAUUCUCUACAACAGAUGAUGAAGAUGAUCGCAGCAAAAGCUGGGGAGAAGUGGAGCUGAGGAAUGUUUUGGACACAAUCGAAAGAAGGAAAAGGAAUUCAAGGUUUUUCAAUGCUGCCCAGCUCUACCAGCAGUACAGUGAGGCGGCACAGAACUUUGAGAUCCUCCGUCAGUCUCGCUCUGAUGUGCUGUCUGUGUGCGAGGACAAUACCUCCUCUCCUGCUCCCUCGCCUCCUCCUGCCCGCAGACCUCUACCUCCCAUACCUCCUGUCCCACACCCCCACUCCUUGGCCCACACCGGCUCUAUCACCAGUAUCAAAAGCUUGCCUCUUCCUGAGCCCCCCAAGAGUGAAGGCAGGCCUUCCUCUCCUCGUCUAUCCAUCUCGCUCACACAGUCGUCCACACUGUGGCGGGACCUGCCGGGGGUCAGGAACAGCGGUGAGCUGGAGGAGCUCACAGAGGACCAGAGGCGACUGCAAGAGGUGAGAUUUGAAGUACUUACCUCAGAAGCCUCCUACUGCCGGAGUUUGGACAUUGUUGUUGAGCACUUUGUCAAGUCAAAACAGCUGGGGGCGCUGCUGACCACUCAAGAUAGAAACUGGCUGUUUUCCCGGCUGGCCGAUGUCCGUGCCAUCAGCCACAGUUUUUUGUCAAAGCUGGAGGAGAGGGUGGAAUCAGACAUCGUGCACUUCGCCGUGUGUGAUAUCAUCGCUCGACACUGUCAGCGCUUCAGAAUGGUUUAUGUGCCCUACCUCACCAACCAGUCCUAUCAGGAUGCCACCUACCAGAGACUCAUGAAUGAGAAUCCCGGGUUCAAGCGGAUUGUGGAGAAAUUAGAGAGGAGUCCUGUUUGUCAGAGACUCCCUCUUCGUUCCUUCCUUGUCCUUCCUUUUCAAAGGAUCACAAGAAUAAAGCUGUUGGUCCAGAACAUCGUGAAGAGAACAACUCCAGGGACUGCGGAGGCGCUGCAGGCCAUCAAAGCUUUGAAACUCCUGGAGAAGCUGAUUCAAGAGAGUAAUGACAGCAUCUCUCAGAUGAAAAGCAUCGAGUCCUUGGUCUCUCUUAGUGCUAAGGUGGACUUUGAUUGCAGGACUCUCCCUCUGAUCAGUCAGUCUCGGAGGUUGGUGCGAGAAGGAGCGGUCACUGAGCUGAUGGAUUUCUCUCUGAAAGACACAGAGAGGAGCGUUUACUUGCACCUAUUCAACGACUACUUGCUACUUUCACUACAAAAAGAAGGGGGAAGAUUCACAGUAAUUGACCACUCACCUGUAUCAGACCUGCGUGUAGAGAACUGCCGCGUCAAACUUCAUUCGUUACAGAAGAACCUGUUCCGGCUCCACAUGUCACACAAAUCCCUGCUGCUAAGGACUGACACACAGAGUGAUAAGCUACGUUGGAUAUCUGCUCUAUCCCAGCCACAUCCUGAAAUAGAUUUUUCUGCAGCUCAAGAUUUUCCACAGAUGCAGUGUAUUCGAGCUUUUGUUGCCCAGCAGCCUGAUGAGCUGUCCUUAGAGAAAGCUGAUGUCAUUCUAGUGCACCAACAAAGCAGUGACAAUUGGGUAGAGGGGACCAGACUGUCUGAUCGGCAUCAUGGAUGGGUGCCCAAUUCCCAUUUGGAAACCAUAAGCAACUCUAAAAUCCGACAACGCAACCUGUCAGAUGCGCUCAGACUUACAACUGCCACAGCUGCUGUUUGAUCAGGAUACUCAAGAGUGGGACUAAACAGUGGAAUGCGCAGUAAAGACAUUGCUGUCUGCUUCAAACUGUUGGAAACUGGACAAUGGACAUUCAGUGAACCAAGAGUGCAGCUGCUGAAAUGCUGUUAGAAUGCAUCUCAAUGUAGCAUAACCUGGAACAAAUAUAAUGCCAUAGUGCAAUGGAUGAACUGCUGAGGCCUAACUGAAAGACAUGAAUGGUGUUGUGAUUGUGUAAACAGUCGUCUAUGUAAUAUCAUCGUGUGUAACAUAAGAUAAUCAAUGGACAGGUGUUUUUACAAAGGGAUAUUGUCUUUUUCAAUUUCAUUUUCCUUUUUAUUUUUGGAAAAUUAUUUGUGUAAACUGAACAGAAUCUAAUAGAUAAUUUUAUGAUGCAUGUCUAUUGAAAAUUGGGCCCCUGCAUGCAGGAGAGCUGACGGAAAUAACACAAAAUGCACAAUUCAAAGAUGUACAGAGCUUUGUAGGUUACACAUUCAAGACAUUUCAAUAAACUCAGAAUGGUGGAAUAAGAAUCACUUUUGAAUAUAAGCAUGUCU